GAUUCACUCACGGCUCACGACUUUCAGAUUCAAUUCACUGAUUGGGUGCCUUGUUCCAGCAGGCAAGGGAAAGCUCAUCACACGAGAUGCGCUCUUGACUCGAUCGUUGAAGCAUCGCAUAUCUAGUUCGCGAGGUGUGCGACUCAAUCACCAUUCGUUUCUGCUCUUCUUCAGCACGACUAGCUGUCCCCAUCCUGAGGCUGGCAAAGUCACCGCUUGCCCAUCUCUUGUUGGGCGUUUGCUUCUCCCCUCCUUUGCCUUUUGGUCUUCACUCCAUCUUCAACAAGGGGAACUCACGAGACUGUGAUAGUCGUGGAUCCACCGCAUUCGGCUCCACGCAUCUCAAGAGGGCCGGUUCCUGAUCAAAAGAUUCUCAUCCAAAGCAACAAGCGGUGUUGCAUCCUGUCACCAUUCCCAGCCGCUGCCUCAGAACCUCGGUCACAAUGUCACGUCCAUCCAGCACCUCUGCCUCCUCGUCCGAAACAACGUUGUUCGCCUCUCUUCUCUCAUCUCCAAAGACUACACUGGCCAUAGUAGCUCUCGGCUCGUCUUUGUUGACUGCUGGAGCCAUGUGGAGCGUGCAGAGCUCUCAUAGAUCAUCCAGACGACGAGAGUUGGAGAGGAGAGCCAAGAGGGGCGUCGCGGGCAGAAUCGCAUCCCUAGGCGGAGAUGGGCCUAGUGGGGAAGCAUCUACUUCUACAGUCGGUCGUGCGCAUACAUUAAGCGAGAAGGAUCCGAAGAAAGGGCAGAGAGAUGCGAUUGAGAAAGGAGGUGCACACUCGCAUUUCAGAGGACACGUCCAGCAUUGGAGGGGCGCGGAGGAGCAGCAGGAAGGAGAAGGAGAUGGAGAUGUGUCGGUGGAUGGUGGAACGCCUCGAUAUCUUAUGCAGAGCCAGCACCUCCCUUCCUCCUCGUCUGGUCAUCACUCUCACCAUCUCUCUGCUUCGAUCUCAUCUCAACUCCACCCGCUCCACUUCUCCGCCUCCGCCUCUUCGCUCUCCCACCUCAAAGGCUCUUCGCAGCGUCGACAAGCAGGAACUUCAAGCAACAAAGCUGCAAAGUCGUACGACGAGUCGUUGAUCAAGGAGCAACUUGCUCGACACUAUUCAUUCCUGGGCGAUCAAGGCAUGCGAGCUCUGAGGGAAGCGUUUGUAGUGGUGGUAGGUAUGGGUGGGGUGGGAUCCAUGUGCGCGCUCUCCCUGGUACGUUCAGGCGUAGGAAACAUUCGGAUCAUAGAUUUCGACCAAGUCAGCCUUUCCAGUCUGAAUAGGCACGCAGUAGCUCAACUUUGCGACGUGGGCAUGUCCAAAGUGUCCGUUUGUGCCAAUCAUUUUGCCAAGAUAGCUCCUUGGGUACACGUAGAAGCCAUCAAUCAACUCUUUUGCGCAAAAGAUGCGGAGGAUUUACUGGGAGCUGCGUCUGUGCAAUGGGACGCAAAGAGGCCCACAUACGUGGUGGAUUGCAUUGAUAAUUUGGAUACGAAAGUGGACCUCAUCGCGUACUGCUACAGAAACGGCAUCAGGUGUUUCAGCUCCAUGGGAGCGGGUGCUAAAGCAGAUCCCAGCAGGAUCCAGAUUGCGGAUCUGAACGACACAAAGGAAGAUCCGCUUUCUAGGCACGUGAGGAGACGGUUGAGAGCGAUGGGAAUUCCCAAAUUGCCAGAGAAGCCGACGACGGGGAAGAGGAAGGAGCAGGUGGGCAAGAGUGAAGAGCAGUCGGCAGAGGUGGCGAAAGGCAAGCAAAGCGCGGGUCGAAAAGAGGACGAGAAGAAGGCGGGCAGUGCUGCUGCUAAGAGUGAUAAGAAGGCCAAUGAUCUGGUCGAGAGUAGUUCAGCUUCCUUCAGCGCUCAAAUCGACGCAGCUGCCCGCUCCCUCUCCGGCACGCUCUCUCCGCGCAAGAAACCGUUUAACGACAAGGAGAACAAGUCUCCUCCUAGCGCUUAUCCACUCCCGAGCCCUUUUGCGCUUUCUUCAGGCGAGCGAGGGGCAGACCAAGGAAGGGUGCAAGAGAGACAUAUGAGAAGAGCUUCGAGCGCCUCGAGCGUUGGAUCGGCCAAUGUGGGUUAUUGGACACCUGUGGGAACGCCUGGAACGCCUGGGGCUGUCCGUGUCGAGCUGGACGAAGAGGGUCUGGAAUCUCUGGACGAGGCGGAAGGGAAGGGGGUGCUAGAGGAGGAGGAUGGAGACACGACUCUUCGCGGUUCUGACGAUGAGAUGGAUGACCAGCAUCAGAAGGAGCAAGAGGAAGCAGAGGGCAAAGUGAAUAAGCUUCGACCCUCUCCUUCACCGCCACCUUUUUUGACACCAGACGCUGCUGGUGCUGGUGAAAGGAGAAGAUCGUCGUUGAAGGAAUUGAAUGCCAGUCCCCUCUUGUCACCUGCAAACCAAGCGUCCAGCGACAGAUUUGCAACGCGCAAUCCGCUCUCCCGCACCGCUUCUGCUUCGACUAGGACCCAUCCCGAGGCAUCCAGCUUUGAUAGCAUCUCUCGCGCUGUACCCGCAUCUUCAUCACAGCAAAUAUCCGACUCUCUUUCCUCCUCCACUUCCAACUCGAAUUCGAAAGCGCACCAAUAUGAAAAGGACGCGCCGAUAGGUAUCCCGGUCGUCUUUUCGACGGAGACCAAAUCGGACGUCGGGUUGCUACCCUUGGAUCAGAAAGAGUUUGAGAGGGGUAAUGUGGAGGAGUUGGCUGUGCUCAAUGACUUUAGAGUCAGGAUUUUGCCCGUCCUUGGACCUAUACCUAGCAUGUUUGGAUUGGCUGCUGCUACGUACGUCAUUUGCGAAAUUGCUGGGAGACCUCAAGAACCUUUUGCGAGCAAGCCUUCUCGGAAAAUGUUUGAGCGUAUGUCGUUCGACUUGGAACAUUCGGAGCGCAAAUAUCCUUUGCAAAAUUCUUUCGCGCAACAGCAAAGGCAGCAGCGCUCAGCAGGACACUCUGACAAACCUGCGACGUUUGAAGGAGGAGGAAGAGAAGGAAAAGCAGAAGGUCAAGGUCCGCGUAGAUCUUGGUUCAGCAUCGAAGAUGUUCAGUACCUCUACGAAGAAGUCUUUCAUCAGAGAUCCGUGGUCGCUCCAUUCGAGACGCCCAGCAAACCUUUUUUAUUGCGAUGGGAUAGCACCAUUCCGCUCGCUUUCAACAAUGUCGCCGUCUUUUCUAGGGAUCAGGCAAAGAGGCAUAUGCAAGAGGUGCUUGGUAAAGGCACUUCGCCUUGGGAAGUGUGGGGAGAUGAGGCGGGAGAAAUGUUCAAGAGGCGUAUGGCAGAGGAACAACGAAUGAACUUGUUCAGGUGACCUUCGCAGGCGCCACGCUGUCCUGAUCGCACGUAAGUAGUUGUACAGCUGGUCAUUUUUCGAAUGGAAGCAAGUGUCAGGGAAUCUCAUUGCCAAUGUCCACACAAUCAUCGAGCAUGUGCAUGGCCAUUGCUACGAGUUUCUAUGCCUGUGCGCGCAUUCUUGUACGACGUCAAGAAGCCCUCCUCCGCCAGCACUGCCGGCUCCAGUCGUCUUGCGCAAAGACAUCGCAGCAUCGCAAUCUGCAGCAACGUCCGAAUGGUGCGCUUGGACUUGGGAUUGCGUCGAGUGCUCGGCAUGACGCUUUGCGUUCGCGUGCGCAAAAGGCGCAGACGUCGGCUGAACACUGGUCUGAUG